GCUUGAGUUGAGGUGAAUGUGGAGCUUUCCAGUGGAUGUUCCAGGCUGUUUUGCUCGCUGGGCAGCCGCGGGGAUAGGACGUGGUCCCGGGAGAGGACUUCUUGUUGAGAUUUGAAGGAGUUGUCUUCUCAGAGAGCCUGGCUAGAGAAGACAAGAACUAAGGCCUGGGUGAUUGUCCAUGAAGGUAGAUGAUGGCUGCAGAGGUGCCAGCAGUGACCGCUCCCCUGAGCCCUUUGGUCCAGGUGCCUCCAGAAGACAGCAGCCAGGAGGAGAAGGAGGCAGUCACCACUGUGUUCCCGGAGGAUGACUCCUGGGUGCAGGAGGCUGUGCUGCAGGAGGGUGGCCCUGAGUCUGAGCCCUCUGGCCAGGGCACUGGCAAGGGUGGCCUGCUAGAGGAGCCAGCAGCUGAGGGACCACAGAGUGCACUUAGCCGCCUCCGCGAGCUCUGUCGACGUUGGCUGAGGCCAGAGGUCCACACAAAGGAGCAGAUGUUAACUAUGCUGCCAAAGGAAAUUCAGGCCUGGCUGCAAGAGCAUCGGCCGGAAAGCAGUGAGGAGGCAGAGGCUCUGAUGGAAGACCUGACCCAGAGCCUUCGGGAUGGUGAUUUUGAGAUGCGGAGACAGAAUGGGGAGAACUACAAUCCGAACGUGCUUGAAAUACUCUCGGGAAUGCCUGAGAGGGACAGCGCGCAGCUUUUUGGUAGGGACAGCAGCUCUGAGAGAGACUGCGACCUGGAGGAGGCCAGGGGAGCCACCGCUGUGAGUGAAGAUGCAGGGGAGGUGCCAGGCCAGGGCCAGGAGCUCGGGCAGCUCAUAGGUCUGCAGGGCACCUACCUGGGUGAGAAACCCUACGAGUGUCCCCAGUGUGGAAAGACCUUCAGCCGGAAGUCGCACCUGGUUACACAUGAGCGGACCCACACCGGGGAGAAGUACUACAAAUGUGAUGAGUGCGGCAAGAGCUUCAGUGACGGCUCCAACUUCAUCCGCCACCAGACGACGCACACUGGGGAGAAGCCCUACAAGUGCAGGGACUGCGGGAAGAGCUUCAGCCGCAGUGCUAAUCUCGUCACCCACCAGCGCAUCCACACGGGCGAGAAGCCCUUCCAGUGCGUCCAGUGUGGCAAGAGCUUUAGCCGCAGUCCCAACCUCAUCGCGCACCAGCGCACCCACACGGGCGAGAAGCCCUACUCGUGCCCCGAGUGCGGAAAGAGCUUCAGCAACCGCUCCAGCCUCAACACGCACCAGGGCAUCCACACGGGUGAGAAGCCCUACGUGUGCAAGGAGUGCGGCGAGAGCUUUAGCUACAACUCCAACCUGAUCCGCCACCAGCGCAUCCACACGGGCGAGAAGCCCUACGAGUGCCCGGACUGCGGGCAGCGCUUCAGCCAGAGCUCGGCGCUCAUCACGCACCGCAGGACGCACACAGGCGAGAAGCCCUACCAGUGCAGCGAGUGCGGCAAGAGCUUCACCCGCAGCUCCAACCUGGCCACGCACCGCAGGACCCACCUGGUGGAGAAGCCGUACAAGUGUGGGGUGUGCGGCAAGAGCUUCAGCCAGAGCUCCAGCCUCAUCGCGCACCAGGGUAUGCACACGGGCGAGAAGCCCUACGAGUGCCUGACGUGCGGCGAGAGCUUCAGCUGGAGUUCCAACCUCAUCAAGCACCAGCGUGUGCACACGGGCGAGAAGCCCUACCCGUGCGGCGAGUGCGGCAAGAGCUUCAGCCAGCGCUCCCAGCUCGUGGUGCACCAGCGCACGCACACCGGCGAGAAGCCCUACCCGUGCCUCAUGUGUGGCAAGAGCUUCAGCCGCGGCUCCAUCCUGCUCAUGCACCAGCGCGCGCACCUGGGGGACAAGCCUUACCGCUGCCCCGAGUGCGGCAAGGGCUUCAGCUGGAACUCGGUGCUCAUCAUCCACCAGCGCAUUCACACGGGCGAGAAGCCCUACAAGUGCCCUGAGUGCGGCAAGGGCUUCAGCAACAGCUCCAACUUCAUCACGCACCAGAGGACUCACAUGAAAGAGAAACUGUACUGAUGUGGCCGGCCCUGAGAGCGGGGAGCACAGAGGCGGGGCCUUGCUUGGUGGGAGUCAGGUUCCCUACAGUGCAAGAACAGCAGAGCAGGCGGGGAUAUAGCAGUGUCUGCCUGGCAAGUGCAAGGUCCUGAAUUUGAUUUCUGGUACCAAAAAAAGGCAGAAGCUGGAAGGUUGGAAGGUUUGGUCUUUUUCUGUCAUGUUCACCGAGUGUUGGCUUGCACUCCUAAUUGUCCCUGCCUCAAUGUUCUCCUUGGUAAUGUUUCUCCACGUGGGCUGGGGCCUCAAACACUGGGCAGCGGUUCUCGUGGUUGGGCCGAGGACCUGGUACCCAGCUGCCUGCCUCUAGUGCCUGGGCCGUCUGUGAUCCUGUCAUCCACGUGAAAGGGAAGCCCUUCUAUUUCCCAAAUGUGUCUGACAGAAGAAAGAGGAAACAAGGCCAGAUGGGAGGACAGGGCCUGCCCAGAUGGUGGCCUGUGGCCUCACUUCCGACUCUUCUGCCAUGUGUGGGGUGUGAGAGAUCUGGGAGCCCAGCUGCCCACCGUGCUUGGUGGGGCUCCUGUCGUCCAGCUGACACAGCUCUGCAUGCUGCCCUCUCAGUUCUGAAUAUACUGUGUACUCAUGUCCUUGUUCCUGUGUCUUUAUUCUAUACACACAGAUCUUGAGGUCUGUUCCAGAGCUUUUGGACACUGAGAACAAGAUUUUUUUUAAGGCAGUGCUGACUUUGAGGGCAGACAUCAGAUCUGAGUGCUCUGGGCUUGAGUCAGGAGUUUGUCCUGGGUUCCUGUGUCAUCAUGACUGCUCCCAGGGCUUUGUUCUUAGGAUACUGAGCCAGUGAAGUUGGGGAUUGACAGCAGGUGGUGGCUUUGUCAGGAGGGGAGAGGUGAGCAGAUGGGGUGUCUUGGAAAAUGUGAAGCUGCUUUCUUGGACCUGGGCUCACAGGAUGGAAGCUCCA